UUUCGGACGACACUUUUAACGCCUGCACGUUAGACGCAACCACCACGUGUUUUUAGUUUGUUUUCCGUUUUCAGUACUCAUUUAAUGACGUUUUAAAGUAAACAAACGGUAUUUUAAAGAAGCGCACACACGUCGUGGACAAAGCAGCAGCUCGGUUUGUUUUCUUUCGUAGUCCAGAUUCCGUUAUCACGACGACACACCCCUGAAUGUCAACAUGGAACGUUCCACAUCACUUCCUUUGUGUCCUGAAUGACGUAUCGUUCUCUACAUAGGCGCCCUACACUAGGUGUAGUCUGCACACUACGUAGUGCACUUGGUUUAUAAUCACGGUGUAUUCGGGACACGCAUGAGCUGUUGUGGCGUAUGUUGAACUGCACACGCGUGUUGAUCAUCAUGGGGAAGAAGAAGGCUCAGGGAGAAGGGACAGGUUUAGGGAGAACGUUAAUGAAGGACAGACUGAAUGCAGCCCGAGGACACAGAAGGAGCGACACUUGGCUCCACACCAGUGAACUGAAUGACGGAUACGAUUGGGGUCGUCUGAAUUUGCAGUCUGUAACGGAACAGAGUUCUUUGGACGACUUUCUGGCCACAGCCGAACUCGCCGGAACAGAGUUCACUGCAGAGAAGCUGAACAUCAGAUGGGUUCCAGCUGAAGCCAGGAGCGGUUUACUGACUGCUGAAGAAUCCAAGAGACUAAAGAAACUUCAUGAAGAUAACAGACAGCUCCUUCGCAUCCCACGGAGACCGCACUGGGAUGUGAACACGAGCCCUGAGAUCCUGCAGCAAGCUGAGAGAGACACCUUCCUGACAUGGAGGCGAGAGCUGGCGAGCCUGGAGGAAGAGCAGAAGCUGAUUCUUACGCCUUUUGAGAGGAACCUGGAUUUUUGGAGGCAACUUUGGAGAGUUAUCGAGAGAAGUGACGUUGUGGUUCAAAUAGUUGACGCCAGAAACCCUUUGCUGUUCCGCUGCCCAGAUCUGGAGAAAUAUGUCCUGGAGGUAUCCGGUCACAAGGUGAACAUGCUGCUGUUGAACAAAGCGGAUCUGCUGACCCGAGAGCAGCGUCGUGCCUGGGCAGAGCAUUUUCAGAAGGAAGGUAUCAGAGCGGUGUUCUGGUCCGCGCUGGCCGAGGCACAGCGGCUGGAAGCUGAAGAAAAGGGAGAAGUGCUCAGUGAUGCCGAAGUGCUCAGUGAUGCCGAACUGAACACGGAGAAGACGUGGGUUCACCCCGGCGGACCCGAGGUCUCACAGGAGAGCAGUGAAGAUGAGGAGGACACAACAGCAAGUUUUGAGGACUGUACCUCAGAGCCAGACUGGCAGACCUGCUCGGAGCCAUCAGGAGACGAAGACGAGAAAGAGAAGCCUUCAGACUGCGGCUCGUUUUAUAACUCCAGCCGUCUGCUGCGCAAAGACGAGCUGCUCGAAAUGUUUAAAUCUGCACAUUCUGGAGCCAAGUGUAAGGAAGGCCAACUAACAGUAGGACUGGUGGGUUAUCCUAACGUUGGAAAAAGCUCCACCAUCAACACCAUCUUUAGGAAUAAGAAAGUCUCCGUGUCUGCUACACCUGGACACACCAAGCACUUUCAGACGUUGUUUGUUGAACCAGGUCUGUGCCUGUGUGACUGUCCUGGACUGGUCAUGCCUUCCUUCGUGUCCACCAAAGCUGAAAUGAUCUGUAGUGGGAUUCUCCCUAUCGACCAGAUGCGAGACCACGUCCCGGCCGUCUCUCUCGUUUGUCAGACGAUUCCACGCACUGUGCUGGAGGGAACCUACGGCAUCAACAUCGUCCGCCCGAGAGAGGACGAGGACCCGGAUCGGACUCCCACCGCCGAGGAACUGCUUUCAGCUUACGGAUAUAUGAGAGGCUUCAUGACUGCACACGGUCAGCCAGACCAGUCCAGAUCAGCUCGCUACGUCCUGAAAGACUACGUUAGCGGAAAGCUGCUCUACUGUCACUCACCUCCUCACAUCGUCGCUAAAGACUUCCAGCCUCAGCACUUAAAGUUUGUAAAUCAAACCAAUCGCAGCAGCGGUGCUUCCACGUGUGGCAGUAAACCUAACAAAGUCAAACAGAUCGAAAACACUGUGGAUAAAACUUUCUUUCACCAAGAAAACGUCCGGGCGCUGACGAAGGGAGUGCAGAUGGUGAUGGGGUACAAACCUGGCAGCGGCCCACAAGCGCAGGGAAAAGCAGGUGCAGAACAACAAGCUGGGAAACCGUGGAAAAAACACGGCAACCGGAACAAGAAGGAGAAAGUGAGAAGACUCAAUAAACACCUGGACGCUUGAUGUGGAAAAGGAACAAAGACACAGUUUCUGUCUGAGGCUGAGGGUCUAAAUGGGAAUAUUUGGACUUCUAAUAAAAACCUUUUUCUGAAAAUCCAUUCUCAGUUCCACCAUAAAAAUAUAUUUAUGCCUGAUUUUGUAUUAAUGAUGUUCUGAUAGUUUACAUACACGUUAUAUCCUAAAUAUACUGUACAGUUACCCAUGUAACGGGUUCUGUCUCAGCCGCACAUCCCUGGGUUGAGCUUCAUCCCAGUGUGAGUGUGAGAGAGAGAGAGAGAGAGAGUGUGUGUGAGUGUGAGAGAGAGAGAGUAUGUGUGCGUUUCAUUUCCAUCUCCAGGUCUGCUGGGUUUCAUGGUACCCUGAGACUGAUUACAUUCUCACCUCGCACUCAGUGUCUGUGAUAGUCUCCAGAUUCACUGCAUCCUUGACCUGGAUAAAGUGGUUAAUGAAAGUGUGUGUGUUGUACAUUUCACUGCAUAUUUAAAAGUGUCAUGCUUGACAGGACCUUUUCCACAUUCUUUUUUUUUUUCAACGGUUUUGUCAAUAUAUACAAAAAUAAAAUAUUGUCGUCAUA